AUGGCCGACAGGACAUCGCGCGACGGCGGUACUCGAAGACAGGCCUUUCGCAGAGUUCGCGCCGAUGCCGGACUACCAGACGAAUAUCUGGAGUUGCUGGAGCAGAAACGAAAACAGCUGGACGAGUCGAUCCACAAAUACAUCGCCUCCAAGGAGCGCGAUUUCAAGACAUUUGAGAGGGAGCUUCAGCAGCAGUAUAAGCAGGAGCAGAAUCAAGAGGGGAGCGGUAAGAGUACGCGGCCAUCGCUGGGGUCAACGAGCAAUGGCGCGCCAGCUGCCCAACCGCGUGCCCCCCAACAGCAGCAGCAGCAGCAGUCCGUGGUGGAUGCAUUGCUAGCAGCGGGUGUGAACCAGGAGCACAUUGGGCAGCCGCUCUCGGUCGCUUUGGUGGAUGCCGAUGGCUCUCCGAGGUUAGAGGCCAAGUCGGCCGCAGGUUUGAUCGAUCGGCGGGCCAGUAUCGAACGGGAUAAGGAGUUUGURGGUGUCUUCACGCCAGCUUUCCUGCCCGCUCUGGAGACCAAGGCAUCGUCACCAUCACCAUCAACUUCCCCAAAGACCAGGGAAGUGCCGGAGCGUGCUGAAUCGGCGCCUCCUGCUGGCCAGAGCAAAGCAAUCGAGCAGCCGACUGUCAUUCGGGCUCACUCCGACUACUCAGACCAGGCCAAGUCGAAGAGGCCUGUACAGCUGCAGCUCACCCAUCGAACAUCAUCAUCAGGCUCAUCCGCAGAUGGAAAGCUCACUUCUGCCUUGAAAUCGCCCACGCAAACAUCAAAAUCGAGACGAAAACGGGUCUCCCUGGCCGUUGGGGAUUCGAUUGUGAAGCCUUCGGAUAGUGUUCCGACGUCGCUGCUGAACAACAAUCGCACACCUUCGCACUCGCGGAGGCGGUCACAACCAGCAGAGACCGAUUACGAGCAAUCCAUUGAUGAAAAGAUAGCCAAUGGAAAUGGAACAAAGGAAGUUGUUGACGUGCGAACCACGUCACCUCAGGUGUCUGCCAGCUUGCCUGUUGAAUCCACUUUCUUGCCUCCCAAUACGAAUGGGCAACGGCAGUCUGCAGCUUCUUCUGCACCCAUUGCAAAGACUUCAAUGGCGCCAAGCUCACCCCUGUCACGGCCGCCAGCACGGCCACCAGUCACUAUUGACCCAGACGGCGAUCUAUUCGAUUUAGAAGAAGAAGAAGAUAUGCUAUCAACCAGCGGCCCGGAGGUCGAACAUCUCUCCGAAAGUGAAGAUACUAUCACCGGCCGUGUUCACCGGGAGGUUUCUCAAGACGGUUCUAAUGAAACCGGCGCGGACUUGUCGUCAGAAGCUGAACCUGAAGAAGAGCUUGCCGUGGAGUUCAUACCGGGAUCAGCAGUCGCUUCGCAGCAACCUACUCAACCUGGCUUCCGAAGACCAUCGGUUGCGAUGGAUCCCAUUUACGCAGGUGCCAAUUACAACCGAGCAGAGUAUAGUGCUGUCGUGAAUGAAGUCUAUGGCUCUUCUUAUGAUCGGCCCAAACGAUCAUUCACCUCGGGUUCGCUGGGAGAGUCUUUCAUGGCUCGUAAUGCACAGCAUAUGAGGGCACGAGCUGGGAGCAAGACUUGCGAGCAACCAGUGGUUCGCUCCUGA